GCGCUAUUUGUGGCAGUCGAACGCGAGCCCUUGGCUGGAAAGGGUACACAGCUCAGCACUUACUGCGACAUACGGGCACCAAGCGAGAAGUAAAGAGCAUACACAAGCAAACACACACAAUUUAGUGUUGCUGAAAAUUGUGUGAAAAAAUGGAAACUUGAGAAUUUAGACAAUAAAAAAAUCUGUGAAUAAUUAACUACGCCAAAAGAAGAGUUAAUUACAAAUAAAACUAAAAAAAAAAGGAAAUUAAACUGUGCUGAAGACGAUAAAGAAAGCAGAAAGAAUAUAUACAGCAAAAAAAAUAACAAAUAACGCAAAAAAUUACAAAAAAGGAAAAACAAAAAAAGCACUGAACUUUGAAAUAUACCUACAUACAAACGAACAAUAAAGGAAAAACUUUGUCUUCGUCUGCAUUUGGACUUGGACUUGGUUGGUCUCGAUGGUAGAGCGUAAGCGUAGACGAGCGUAACAUUAGUGUGUGAAACACGCACGCACGCACACACGCACACAUACAUACGAACUCACAAAAGUACAUACACACACGCGUACACUCCAUUUUCUACAUCACUUCGUGCCUGUGCAUCUGCCUAGUGGCUCAGCACCUGCCUCAGCCUGAAAAUCAGCCAUAGCCUCAGCAAUAGCGGCGUCAGCUUCCCAACAUACCGCUGCCAUCAUCAAACGACCGCGCCAGUGUUCAGUAUCCUGAGAGUUGUGUGUGUGUGUGUAUAUGUGCGAUUUACUAUGCUAUGCGCUGUUGGAGUUCUGUUUGUGUGUUCCGUUGUUUGAUACUCGUAUUGCUGCCUUCACCCCAAAAAUCUGUUAUUGAUUUUGGAUUCAAGCACGCACAUAUACAUACACACGUCGUCGUCGUCGUCGCUGGCUGCUAACGAGAGAGGCAACAAUCAGCAUUCAACAUCCAGCGAAUAAUAAACGCAUACAAUAGCGAGUGUAGCAGCGUGCGAGAGGGCAGCGGGAAAUGGGAAGUCGUAGCCAAAGCCAGAGAAGAGAAAAUAAGAGUAGCAAGAAGCCCUAUUGAGCGAGCGUCUGCCUGCCAGCCAACAAAUCAACCAGCCGUGAAGAUGCUAGCAAUAUUGUAAACACGCAUGCUUACAAGAUUUAUUUGUACGAAAAUUUAAAAUUUAAAAUAAAAAACAAAAAAGUAAAAAAUUAAAUAAAUUAAUUAACCAAUAAAUACAUCAAUAAACUGUUGAAACUAAACAAGAAAGGUCUAAUAAGAAGACGUGAUGCAAAUAAUCUUUAAAGCAAAACUCUAAAUCAGACAACUAAAAGCAUAUUUUAAACCAAAAUAUAUUAAAAAGGUAGCGCACAAAUCCGAUAUCAAUUACUAAAAUAAAGCCCAAAACGAAAAACACAUACAAUAAGAAUAAUUGAAUAAGUUGAAGGAAACAUGUACUUUGUACGGUGAUAAAAAAAUCUAUACUCGUAAAAUGAAACAAGCAACACACAUUCCCAAAGCUAUCUAAAGAUAAGCAGAAACAAAAUUCCUAUAAAGGACGACUGUAUAGGUAAAGCGUGCCAAAGCUGAUAUACCCGAUAUACCCAGUACUCGCUUAUGGGUUUGUGUAGAUAUUCAUUCGUAUUCAUGAAUGGCGUUCGUUUGGAACCAAUAGUGCUCCUUUCAAUUGUUGUAUUAUUAGGCGUAGUUAUUGUUGUUAUUGAUUGACAUACACUUACAUAUAUACACAUCUAAAAUAACUGAAUGCAAAAAGCGUAAAUAUAAAUUUAUACAUUCAUACAUACAUACUCGUACAUGUUACGUUAAGAUUAGUGACCAAUAAUAAGAAAUCACAUUCGGCUGACUGACGACGACGACGCCGACGACCAUAAAAACCACAGCAAGGCUGGUGGCCACACAUUGGCAACAAUAGAGAAUACAUCUGCAAAAGAAAGUGGGUUGAUUCGUGUGCGAAAUUGAGUGUUGAUCGUUGAGCCACGUUUUUCGUUGUAUUUCUGUGAUUCGCAACCAACUAAACAUAUAAAAAGUAGAAGGCGGAAGAAAAGCAGUUAAGUAAAAUAAAAUUAAGGACAUCCAAAAGGAGAUUACGCUAAUCCAUUGGUGAUGAUGUUGACGUGCAUAACGCCUAUCUGUAGCAACAGUGUAACCGCCCUCGAACAGCUGCCAUCCUUCCGAGCACGAAACGAACAACAACAGGAACAGCAGCAGCUACGACCCACGCCACAGCAAUAGCAACAGGAGUUUUUGCUACUAUCAAUUAUUGGAGCGCAGCACUUUUCAAGCCGCAACCUCUGCGCCAAGUGGCAAGGCGGCAAGGUGGCCACAAUCGUUUAGCAUUGGCGGUUGAUAGGUUGUUCACAACGAUAACUUACGUGAGGCGUUGGUUAAGGCGAAAAAGUAAACGUUGUUGUCGGUAGUUGUGAAGGCGACGGCAGUGUGAUAGUUGAAUCGGCUGCGGCGCCUUAAAGUGUGCAACGACGUGACGUGAUAAGUUCGUGUGCUGUGCUUGUACGAACGAAUUUGCCGUUAGUUGGAACUAAAUAAACAUUUACUCGAGGCAAUCAUCUCCACCGUCACCGCACAGACUACAAUGCUCUGGUAGCCAAGAUAGUUUUGCCGUGGAUCACUAUUGCGGCAGUAGCGGUGAUACACCACACGCAGUGAAUAGUGUUCUUGGAGUUGGAGGGGCUGGAUUUGGUGGCGCAAGCGUUAUUGGUAGUGGAGUCGGCGGUGGUUGUAGUCAAUGCUCAUCAUCGGCGGCAGUGGCAGCGGCGUCGGCCGCAGCUGCAGCGUCAGCAGCGGGGACAGCAUCGUGCGGUGGCGGUGGCAGCGGAAUUGGGAUCAGCGGCGCAAGCACAGUUGGAGGCGGCGGUUAUUGCAGCGGCACGAUGUGCCAUCAUGGAUCCGGUGGUGCCGGCAUGCCGAUGGGCGUGCCACCACCACCACAACCGCCACAAUCGAUGAUGUCCGGUGGCGGCGGCGUCGGUGGCAUCGGCGAUGGGCGCACAACACUAAUGCAUAGCAGCAGCAGCUUACUGGGCUCACAUAUAUCGCUUGGCGGCAUGAGCAUUGGUUGUGAUACAAUCAUACCGGGCCCCAGUCAUUGUCGCAGUCUCAGCGGUCUAAGCAGUUUGAGUAUCGGACCGCCAGCACCACCAGUGCCGCCUCCACCACUCUUCAAUCCUUGUAGUUCAAAUAGUUUUAAUUCAAUACAAUCGAUGCAGGGACCACCAGGGUCCUCACGCUGGGGACCGCGUACAUCAUGCCCAAUUCAUAGUCCAUUUCGAGUGCGGGCGCCCAACGGUUCGAUAUGCUCUGGACAUCAGGCACUACUACACACUCACGAUGUUGUUGCCCGAGACGUUUACGGCGAGGAGGCACUGCGCGUUACACCGCCACCAUUGGCACCAUAUAUUAAUGGCGACGAAAUCGAUAAUGUGGACAAUGGCGAGUUGCAGCAUGUAACCAGAGUACGUUUGGUGCAAUUCCAGAAAAACACGGACGAACCAAUGGGCAUAACGUUAAAAAUGACCGAAGAUGGGCGUUGCAUUGUAGCCAGAAUAAUGCAUGGCGGUAUGAUACAUCGCCAGGCAACGCUGCAUGUUGGCGAUGAGAUACGGGAAAUUAAUGGCCAGCCCGUGCAACAUCAAUCUGUGGGGCAAUUGCAACGCAUGCUGCGUGAAGCGCGUGGUUCAGUUACCUUCAAAAUAGUUCCUUCUUAUAGAAGUGCUCCACCACCUUGUGAGCUUUUCAGGAUAAGACCAACUCCAGUACUUAUAUUUGUGCGUGCACAAUUCGAUUAUAAUCCUUUAGAUGAUGAGCUUAUACCCUGUGCUCAGGCAGGCAUCGCAUUCCAAGUAGGCGAUAUUUUACAGAUUAUAAGUAAAGAUGACCAUCACUGGUGGCAGGCACGCUUGGAUACAGUUGGUGGCUCGGCUGGUUUGAUACCGUCGCCAGAGCUGCAAGAGUGGCGUAUAGCCUGCAAUGUUGCGGAUAAGACCAAACAGGAACAAGGAGAAGGUGCCGCUGGCUGUUCUGCCCACGCUGAUGGGUGUGAUGGAUCGACAGUAAAUUGUUCGAUUUUUGGACGUAAGAAGAAACAAUGCCGCGACAAAUACUUAGCCAAACACAACGCCAUAUUUGAUAACUUGGAUGUGGUGACAUAUGAGGAGGUUGUAAAAGUGCCAGUCGGUGAUCCCAACUUUCAACGGAAAACGUUGGUUUUGCUUGGUGCACAUGGUGUGGGUCGCCGUCACAUUAAGAAUACAUUAAUUUCCAAGUAUCCCGAUAAAUAUGCAUACCCCAUACCACAUACAACGAGACCUGCAAAACCGGAGGAGGAGAAUGGACGCAGCUAUUACUUUGUUUCACACGACGAGAUGAUGGCCGACAUUGCUGCAAAUGAGUACUUAGAAUAUGGUACUCAUGAGGAUGCCAUGUACGGCACUAAAUUGGACACCAUACGUCGCAUACACACCGAAGGUAAAAUGGCCAUAUUGGACGUUGAGCCGCAAGCGUUGAAAAUUUUGCGUACCGCAGAGUUCACGCCCUACGUAGUGUUCAUUGCGGCGCCGUCGUUACAAAAUAUCGCUGAUUACGAUGGCAGCUUGGAGCGACUGGCCAAAGAAUCCGAUAUGUUGCGUCAAUUGUACGGACACUUCUUCGAUUUGACGAUUGUAAACAACGACAUUAGCGAGACAAUUGCUACCCUAGAAGCGGCUAUCGAGCGCGUGCACACCACUCCACAAUGGGUGCCUGUUUCAUGGUUGUACUGACAAGACAGUGAGCUUGAGUGCCCCGACUGCUUGGAGGGCUGCGACUGUGAAUGGGAAGCAUACGCAGCCGGCGCCCAACAACAUAAUGCAGGCCACUUUUGAACUACGUACACAUACACAAAUUUGUAAUAGCACCACUAAAAAAAUAAACAAAAAAACAUCACCACUUGGAAUGAAUUUACAAGCAAGCGCAUAUACUGAGGCAUGAGAAAAGAGAGAUUAAGGGAAAUAAUAAAACUGCAAAGUAAAUGCAUGAGAAGACAUAAGUAUGUAUGUACUUGCGACAGUGCACAAAGUGACACAGGCAAAUCCACACGAAACAUACACACAAACACUUCUUCACACAAACAUUAGUUGGUAGAAAAAUUUAUAAAUGAAAAAUUCGGGUGCAACAUUAUGAAAAAAAACAGAGAUAUAGAAUAGUAUAGGCAAUUAAGUAAAUGAAUAAAAUAUGCAUUAACACUUAUACAUAUAUAGACAUACAUACAUUCCAAGUAAAGAAAAAAAACACAACGUUAAAAGAUUUAGUAACUGCCUAGGUAUGCGUGCAUACAGAGGUACAUAUAUUACAAGUUAAGUGAAACGACAGCAUGAAAAGCGAAAAACGCAAAACUCCAAUGUAGAAACGUGCAAUGUUUUCAACAUUUGAGACGAAAAUUUAUUAGAGCCAGUCUCGUAAAAUUCUUAUAUUGAAACGUAUGCUUCUUCUAGCGAAUAUUUUAAGGGGCUUUGCGCGUAUGUGGCAUCUGUAUACAAACGAGCACAAUUUGUUGUAAUUGCGUUGCUAAACGCUUAAUAGUUAAUGAAAAAGUUAUAUUGCCGACUGUUAAGUGAUGAGGUCGCUAAAUCUGAUGAAGCCUCAUUAUUGUAUACAAUUUGAGCUGGCCUUGAGCUGCUUAAUUACUCAACACUGACGCCAUAAGGGCAUUUAUCAGCAGGAGCCGGCGGAAAGCUUUUAGACUUUGCUUUCAUCUUAGAACGGUUUGAAGUUAAUGGAAAUUGAUUUUCCAUACGCGAUUGUUCAGUAACAAAUGGACAACAGAUCGUCUGAAAUGCCGCUCAUGCAUCUUCCUUCUCCGUGCAUGCAAGUGGCGUCGUGUUUUCUAUUUAGCAGCACUGCACGUUUGCUGCAUUGGAGAGAGUUGCGAUUAUUUGAGAAUUUCGUAGGCUUUAUUUAAUACUUUGUUAAGUUUACACAGACCAAUUGUUAACUUUUAAUUUAUUUAAAAAACGCUUAUGUAAAGUAAACAAAAAAAAAUAAUUAUAAUAUAUAAUAUAUACAUAUGUACACACAAGCACUUGUUAAAUUAAUUUAAUUUAAAUUUUAAUUAUAGUAUUAUAAAAAAACUUCUUAAAAUGAACUAUUUGAAAUUACGUAAAUGAAGUGAAAGAACAUGCAAUGGGAAAUGCAAACAAUUAAUAUUUACAAUUUUACGAACGGGUACACAACACAAUAAACUUAAAGUAUUAUUGAAAAGUAUUUAACAGAUGCAAUUACGAGCGUUUCAAAAAAUGUAAGUCACAACAAAUUAAAGACAAUUUUAAAAUAAAGGCAAACAGUUGUACGCGAGACGAUUGUAUUAGCUCAAUAAAAGGAAAACGAAAACGAAAACAAAAACAUAUAAAAUUUGCACUUUUUAACAAAAUAAUACAAGCGCAUAAUAAUCAAAGUAAUCGAAUGGAGUGAAAAAAACCAAAAUAACUAAAAUGAAGAAGUUUGCUGAAAGCUUACACUUGAACGAAAGUCAGUUAAAAAUACAAGCAAAGCAGUGAAGUGAGCACAUAAAUUAUGCAAGAAAAGCUACACACAUACACACACACAUAACAAUUAAAAAAAAUUAAAGCACAUAACAAAAACGUGAAUAAAUUGAAAAGAAGAGAAUCAUAGUAAAUAAUUUAGCCAAGUUACUGUCAAGCAAAAACAAAAAUAAAAGCAAAAGCAAAACAAAAAUACUAAACAGCAUGUAAACCAAGUAAAAUAUUCGAAAUGCGGAUAGACAGGUAUGAAAUGAAAAGAUAAUCGUACAAGCAAACAUUACAUUUUUGAGAACCGUUACAUGGAAUCAUUAAGAAAUGGUAAUAAUUUGAUUACAAAUAACUCAGGUUGAAUUAUUUUUAAUAUGUGACAGCAGACAGCAGUAAAUGUAUUAAAUUUUUUCCAAUAAACUAACUAAGAGAAUCUAACACAAAGCCCCACCAGCAGCAUGAAACCCCUUUCUAUUAAGGCAUCACAAAUGAAGAUCAUCAUUAAAAUGAACACAGUAAAUUAUAACGAUAUACAUUAGCACAAAUUGUUUAUUAUUAUUAUUAUUUAUUAUUUUAUAAUUUUUUCUUUUGUGUGUGUUUUCUUUUCCUUACCACGCACCCGCUUGAGGGAAUCGUAGAAAAUCUAUUCAUAAAAACUGAUUUCCAUCGAAUCUAUAAUACGCAUACAUACAUAAUAUACGUAUGUAUAUAUAGAAUAUAGAAUCUUCAUUCAAUUCAUGCAGCCAAUAACCCCAGCCAGCAGUUAUCCUUUCUUUUAUAUACAAUACCUUUUCAAAUUCAUAAGCAUUGCAUGAAGCAACGUCUCCUAAAGUGUUAACGUAAUUGUUAAACCGUAAUUUUUAAGCCGCCGUAUCCAAAUGGCUUGGUGGGUGCGCAAAGGGUUAAAAUUUCAAAGGCUUUAUAAAAAUUUCUGCGAGUUAGAAGCAUCAAUUUUGGUACACUUCUAGUUUGAAUCGCGUGUGACAUUGUAGAGAAAUAUUAUAUAUGCCUUGUGCCGCUCAUAACUUCUGUAUGAUGUGAAAUGAAUUUCGACAUUCUCAAACAGCAAAGCGAGGAGAACGCCGGUCUCGCAACAAGGUCCACAAAUCGCUUACUGGAAGUACUUGGGACAAAGAAAAAAAUUUCGCUGGCAAUAUAUGAAGCAAUUGGCCGUCCGGUUCUGAACUAUGCUGCGCCUAUUUGGUCGCCUGCUAUUCAAGAAGCAAUGAUAAUGUUAACAUGGAUCACGGAACACGUGGGUAUCGUGGGUAACGAGAUCUCUGACUCUUUAGCUAAGAUGAGCUCUGAGGUCACCUUCUUCGACCCGGAGGCCGUUCUGCCACUCCCUUCUGCAGCUAUCAAAGAGACGGUUAGCAAACUGGUUACUUCAACCUACAAGCGAGCUUGGCAGGUUGAGAGAAGCUGCAGGUGGGCAAAACUGAUGUUACCUGUUCUGUCCGACCGACUAACGCAGAUCCUCCUGUUAUUAAGCAGAAAAGACUGUAGGUAGCUGGUUGGACUGAUGACCGACCAUUUUCUAUGGGCGCAGCACAUGGAAAAGGUAAGCAUCUCAUGUGCACUCCCGAUGCUUGAAUAACGUUGUCGGAGUCCAAGCAUUAGCAAGUGCACAGUGGAUGAAGCAACUGAUAUAAAUAAGCAAAUGUUGGCAACACUGGAAAAGAAGCACCUGGAAGAACCUUCUCAAUGUUGUUAUUGACUUUAGACUAAAAACUAAACGUUGCAAGGUGUCUGAACACGACAUACAACAAACAAAAGGGAAUUUGUAAUGUUGAAACAACAAAAGUCUCCCGGUGUGAACGCGGUCGAAUGAAACUCCCUUGAAAUUGAAUUGGUAACAUUGAAAAUAAUGAGUUAUACCAGUUUUUUUGAGGUAUAACCGAACACGCCAGCAGCGAAUCUUGCUCGAUAACUUUGUCGUUGCUUUCACAUGCAAAUUUUUCGUCAAGUAAGCAGAGCCCAGAGAUAACGACCAGAGAAGUGGCGAAUCGAAGUGGCCUGUUGUUCUUGCUUAUUUUUAUUCUUUUUUUUUUGAUUGCUUCAUUUCACUCUUUUGACAAAUUUUUAAAAACUUGUACCGUUAUUUGAAAUUUUGCUUCACAUUGUUGAAAACUGCCAAAAUCAUGUAACACCUUAAAUUAUUAAAUUUUUUCACUUCACUUUUAAUUCCAUUACUCAACGCCAUUCCAAGCGGGAAUUUGUGGAAAUGUAAUAAGCAGGCAACAUGCAUACAUACAUACAUAUAUAAAUAAGAUUUUUCCAAUGAAUGCUCAUCUACUCCCCGCAUAUUCGUACGCUCACAUAUUUAUGCAAUUUCAAAAUUCAAAUUUUUUAGAAGCAACAAUUCCAUCAGCAGCAUUUCUUUUGUCGUACUUCAAUGCAAUUUACCUAAACAAAUUUCCUCAUCAAUCAUUGCAAACUCAUACACACGCAUACUAAACCUAUUUCUGAGCUUAUUUUGUAGUUUUUGAGAAGUAAACAAAAAAAGUAUUAUAUGUAUCUUUAAGAUUCUAUGGUUUCAAAGGGUUGAUGAUUGUAAUCGAAUAUUUCUGCAAAUUUAAGGAUACAUAGUUAACGAACUUAAGAUCAAUGUGAGGAAGUCAUAUUAGUCAUCCAGUAGAGAUGGGCAAACAUGAACAAUUUUCCCCGUCAUAAUAUAAAAGUAACUGUAAAUCACACUUACUACUUGUUAAUUUUAAAAUUUAUGUACACUUCAAACUAAGGAUACAAAAUUUGUAUUCGUGUUAGUGAAAUACUACAAACAAGCAAACAAAAGAAAACAAAAACAAAAAACAAACGAAAAAAACCAAAAGAGAAACAACUUUGAAUAACAGAAACAA